CUGAAGGAAAUGGCUGAAAGGCUGCCAGUAGGUCCUGGCCGAAACAUCAAAUCUCCUAAAUCUGUUUCCUCCGAAUCCAAUAUUACUUCCAGUGAUAUACCUAAUGGCUGUAUUGACCAAGUUCACAGUCAACUUACUUUUCAAGAACUGGAUUCAAGUGUAUCUAACAGCCAGCUGCUUUCUAAUGGGUCGAGCAACGCCAGUAAUCGCAGUGCUGUUCACAAUAGACAAGGGUAUCCAGAGGCAACAACAAAAAAUGGGGCCAGAACAAAAGAAUGUGAUUCUCGUAACGAGAAUGAAUGGGUUGAGCAAGAUGAGCCAGGUGUAUAUAUUACUCUUACCUCCCUACCUGGAGGUGUCAAAGAUCUAAAAAGGGUUCGCUUCAGUCGGAAGCGGUUUAGCGAGAAACAAGCAGAAAAAUGGUGGGCGGAGAACCGCGCGAGAGUUUAUGAGCUGUAUAAUGUACGCGUAGUCGACAAGGGAAGCGUUGGCACUGCAAGUGUGGAUUUAGCACAUUGACACAUGCAAAGCAAGUGUGGAUUUAGCACAUUGACACAUGCAAAUCACCUUUUGUACAUGAGUUUUCCUUUUUCUUUUUGGUCCUAACUCAACUUCAUGCCCCCUCAGUGAACAUCAUGUUUGAUAUCAUCUCAUAUAGCUUUAGUUUUCACAAAUUUGUAGGGAGGAAUCAAGGGAUGGCAUAGAAGAACGAGGAAUUACAUGUUUGCUUGUAAGUUUUUGCUAGUUUCUUUUUCUUUGUAUAACCAAGAAUCCCGAGGCCUAGUGGUGCACGGUUUGAAAUGCGGUGGAUAAGUCUUGUUCCUCUAUCAUCGUCCACUUGCAUAACAAGCUUUUUUCGGAUAGCCGACACAUCAUGCGCUACGCUCUUAUCAGUAGACCAAAGCCUUGUGGGGGCUUUCUAUUAGUCACAUAUGGCUUGACCUUUCUAUAUUUGAUUUGUUUUUUUCCCCUCCCUAAUUGAUGUGUGGGGAAUAGAGGUAUAGUUUUUGUAGUUGCUCGCCCUUGUUGGGAGAUACUUUCCUUGUAAAUUUUCCCAAGUUUAAUGCAUAUUUGGAUUUCAAAUCUGUA